CUCCUUGUCAAACGAAAAGGAACAGAGAAGAAGAAACGGGUAACUGUCACUGCUGCGAUAAAAAACAGUUCACUUCCAGCCUCCGGUACAGCACGAAACCAACUCUGCUGACUGAAAGGAGGCUUUGAAUUCCACUUUCGAGAAGUCGUUAACUCAACGGAGCUCAAAAGGAAGGGCCUCGUGUCUCGUGCGCAAGUACAUCUCGCUCGUCUCCUCUGCUGGAGUGAGCUAGCUUAGCCUGUUAGCUUAGCAGGACACCCACUCAGCCGUGUCCGUCCGUGGGGGACUUUAUCAUCAGGUGUGAGGAGAUCAAGCUGGAGCUGCACCAAAACUGGUUUAGACUUCGAGUUAAAACUGUAUCUACAUUCUCUGGAUCUAAUCUCUGCUUUUGCACGUGGAAUUUUCAACAAAACUCCAGCAGAAUCGUCCUGCAAAACAAGGAAGUCUGAAUGAACUUUGCUGCUAGCCUCUUAGCUAGCACUUAGCUCGCCCUGCAGCUGCAUUGCUUCAUUGUGUUGCAGCUGAGAGCGGGUUUGUGCAGCCUCCUUUCCUGUGCUGCAGAGCUGAUACUGAUUAUCUGUGGAAGCAUCUCGGAGAGUUGUUGAUAUUGUGAUUGUUAUCUACCAGAACCAGCCUGGUAGUUUUUCUUUGAUCUACUAACUGAAAAAACAAACGUGUCAAAGAUGAUUCCGGAUAAAGCGCCGAAGGAAAACGUCUUCUACGGGUCGGAAGAGCUGAAGAAAGAGGCUCACAUCCCCAGCUUUGAGAAAUAUAAAGAACUCUAUUUGAAAUCAAUAGAAAAUCCGGAUGAAUUCUGGGGAGAUAUCGCCAAAGAUUUCUUCUGGAAGACCAAACACUCGGGUCAGUUCCUCGACUACAACUUCGACGUGACCAAAGGAGAAAUAUUCAUCAAGUGUAUGGAUGGAGCAACGACCAACAUCUGCUACAACCUGCUCGACCGCAACGUCCACGAGAAGAAACUGGGUGACAAAGUGGCCUUCUACUGGGAAGGUAACGAGCCUGGAGAUGAGCUGACGGUGACAUACAGGGAGCUGCUGCAGAGAGUCUGCCAGUUCGCAAACGUCCUCAAGUCUCAGGGAGUGAAGAAGGGUGACCGCGUGUCCAUCUACAUGCCCAUGGUGGUGGAGCUGGUGGUCGCCAUGUUGGCCUGCGCCCGUAUUGGAGCUGUUCACUCCAUAGUGUUUGCAGGUUUCUCUGCCGAGUCUCUGUGUGAGAGGAUCAUGGACUCAGAGUGUUCACUGCUCAUCACAGCAGAUGGCUUCUAUCGAGGAGAUAAGCUGAUCAACCUGAAGCUCUUAGCUGAUGAAGCAAUGCAGAAAUGCAGAGACAAGGGUUUCCCAAUGAAGAGGUGCAUAGUGCUAAAACAUCUUUCUAAGGAGGUAGAAGAAUCUCCUCUGGGCUCUCAGUCCCCCCCAGCCAAACGAGCCUGUCCUGAUCUGCAGCAGGAGAAACAGACAGGCAGAGUAAAGAAAACACGUCCUGUUCCACAGGUGCCGUGGAACCCAGAGGUGGACUUGUGUUGGCACACUCUGGUUCGUGGAGCUCCAGACGAGUGUGAACCUGAGUGGUGUGAGUCUGAAGAUCCGCUCUUUAUCCUCUACACCAGCGGCUCCACCGGCAAACCAAAGGGCGUCCUCCACACAAUCAGUGGCUACAUGCUUUACACCGCCACCACCUUCAAACUAGUGUUUGAUUACCAACCGGACGACGUCUACUGGUGCACAGCAGACAUUGGCUGGAUCACUGGACACUCGUACAUCACAUACGGCCCACUGGCUAAUGGAGCCACCAGCGUUCUGUUUGAGGGCCUGCCCACUUACCCUGAUGUGAGCCGUAUGUGGGAGAUUGUGGACAAAUACCAAGUGACAAAGUUCUACACAGCUCCGACUGCCAUCAGGCUGCUGAUGAAAUACGGCAUCGAACCGGUGCAGAAGUAUAAAAGAGAGUCUCUCAAAAUUUUGGGGACAGUGGGAGAGCCGAUCAACCCUGAGGCCUGGCAGUGGUACUAUAAUGUGAUCGGGGAGAAGAGGUGUCCGAUAGUCGACACUUUCUGGCAGACAGAAACUGGUGGACAUGUGCUGACUCCUCUACCUGCAGCCACACCCUUGAAACCAGGAUCUGCUACGUUCCCGUUCUUUGGAGUCGUUCCGGCCAUCUUGAACGAGUCGGGAGAGGAGCUGGAGGGGCCAAGCGAAGGAUACCUGGUGUUUAAGCAGCCGUGGCCCGGCAUGAUGAGGACGGUGUAUGGGGACCAUCAGCGGUUUGAAACUGUUUACUUCAAGAAGUUCCCAGGGUACUACGUCACAGGAGACGGUUGCCGUAGAGACAAAGAUGGCUACUACUGGAUUACAGGGAGGAUAGAUGACAUGCUGAAUGUCUCAGGUCACUUACUGAGUACGGCGGAGGUGGAGUCGGCUUUGGUGGAGCACGAGGCUGUCGCUGAAGCUGCUGUGGUGGGCAGACCUCAUCCUGUUAAAGGAGAAAGUCUUUACUGCUUCGUAACACUGACUGAAGGAGCGACGUACAACCGCACACUCGAGGCUGAACUCAAAAAACAAGUACGGGAGAAGAUCGGUGCUAUCGCUACUCCAGACUGCAUCCAGGAAGCUCCAGGACUCCCAAAGACCCGAUCUGGAAAGAUCAUGCGGCGGUUGCUCCGUAAGAUCGCCUGCGGCGAGCGAGACCUGGGUGACAUCUCCACGCUGGCUGACUCCUCUGUGAUUGAGCAGCUCUUCCAGAACAGAUGCCGCACCCCUGUGUGACCACGCUCUGAAACCUUGCAGCGAGGCGCCAAAUGCAGCCGCAGGCCUGCGGCAACAAACCCAACCAGGGAUGAGGAAGAGGAGGAGGAGAAGGAGAAUCAAUGAACAUGGUCUUGUCCAUUAAACAACCUUUAGCUCCUGAUGAGUAGAAGUGAUGCAGCAGAGCCUUUUUAAAGACCUCACUCUUUAUAUGAAAGAGCAGAAAGUAAAGACACAUAUUUUACUGCAGUCAUUUAUUUCUUUGCAUCAGCGUGUUUUAACAGAAACACGGUGUAUGGUUAAAAAAAGUGCAUUGCUCUGUUAGUUAAAAUGUUUUAGUGAAGCUUGCAGAUUUUCUGUGGUAAUAAAAUAAACACAAGGCUGUGUCUGUGAGAGAAAGAGAGGAGCCAGAGGUUGUUUCUGUGAAAGACUGUCCUGCAGUCUAACGGCGCUGCAAGAGGUAGACCGAGGCGACACUUCACUUCAGUUUUAUUCCAGUGUUUCCGCCCAACAUCUACAAACUCCAGUGUUUUUAUCUAAUAUUUCUUUUACUUAUUUGGGGGUUAAAAUAACAAAAAUAAGCUAAAAGUUUUGGAAUUGGUCCUGCAGAUCUUAUAUCCUGGCAAAAAUGGAGCUGUUUGUCAAAGAGUAUUUUUUUUUUACCUGAAAAAUCCUCUAAAGGCUCUGAUCAAAGCCACAACACUUACAAACAAAAAACUUAUUACACUAGCCUUAAAAAAAAAAUCAACUAUUUAAGACACCAAACUUGCAUUGGGUCUUGUGACUUUAUAGAGUGUGUUAAAGGCCUCUACAGAUUAAAGCAACAAUAUGUAGGAAUUCUGUUUUAUUCCCUUUGGCACCCACCGAGGGAUCUGAGUGGUACUGCAGUGUAGUGAAACAGAGUGAGCCUUGCCCUUUUAGGCAGCAUGCAUAAGAAGACAAACAGGGUGGGGAAGCUGAUAAAGACAUUAUGAGAAGCCAGAGAGUCAUGUUGAUUGAUGAGGUACAGUAAUAUUACUGGAUUUUGUAAAAAUGACUGUGCAAGUGUCUACAGCAUGUUGUUGGCAAGUGCUUACCAUGAUGUUUUUCAUCCAUGGUAAGAUGACUGCAUUAGAGAAGGCAAUUUCUUGCAUGCUAGUUGAGGCAGGUUUGUAAACUUAAAUCUAACUUGAAUAUUGAUGAGAAAGGGGAGCAUAACCUGGGUUGGAUAACUUCCUGUAGCUGCUAAAGCCUCAAAACAUGAGAAAAUUAUGGCACAUAUACUCACACAGUGUAUUGUGGACAUCAUAAUCUGUUCUAAUAUCUGCAGGGUUGUACACUCUGCUGUCAGAUUGUUGGUUUUUGUCUGGCUUCUCCCUCUCUUUUUGUCUUCCUAGCUUCAUCUUCACCAUCCUCUUCUGUUGCCCCAGCUGUUGCAUCAAACAGUUCUGGAACAGGCUAACUGGCUUCUUUUUAGCUAAAGGCUGGUGUGUGAACCAGUGCCAUAAAUGUCAUAUGGACUUCUCAUGAGAGAACCAGAACCAGGACUCACUGCUGAGGUUACAUAGUGCUGAAAGCACGCGAGCUGGGCACUCUGUGGAAAUGAGACAGAUGCCUUUCUAGCUGUUGUGAUUUUUAAGUACCUUUCUAAGAUGGAAAACCUACUGAACAUACUGUUGCUCAAAAAAUGACUGUACACUAUCAGAAGAAACACUUAAGAUAAUUUUAAGAGCCUGACAUUGGAGAAAACGAGCAGCUUGAGUGCGUGCAUGUGCCCUUUUCUUUAUUUCUGCGGUUGCACUUUCAAAACUUUUAGCACAUUUUUAUCAUUUAGAUCCCAAAAUAGGUUAAAAACACCUGAGAAUCUCUUCAGUGGUGAAGAAGACAUCUACUCUCAGUACCUCCACUGCACUAUGAGAACACAGGAAGUCCUGCAUCAGUUCUCCUGUAGAUAAUGGUUGAGUCUCUUCACUGGGAUAAAGCUAAUAUGAAGUGUAAUCAGUGACCGCCCUGUAGGAAACACAAGCCGUCUCCUCCCUCGCUCCAUGCCAUAGUACUGUUAUGUACACUGAUGAUAAUGUAAAAUCUGAGAAACUCAACGUUUAUUUUCUCAUUUCUGUUGUAGUUUUUUUAAAAAAACAUGUAGAUUUGUCUUUUUAGUUUUUAUUCCAGAUGAUUUUUGACAUAGGAAUCGUUGGGUAUUUCUGUUUGUGUCUGCGUGCUUGAGUAUUCUUUCUUCUUUCUUGUAUUUUCGUGUCAGUUCAAGUGGAACAGAAAGUGUUUGUUCAGCCUCAUGUAGCUCAGGACACCAAACAUUCAGCCCCCAAAUUUGCUGCAAGUCAACAAGGGAAAAAGUGUAAUGAAAUUCCUUACAAAAAUACACACUUCUAAUACAGUGUCAUCGUUUUAGUGUAGUAGAAUGUGUCUAGACAAGUAUUAUCAAAUCCGACUUUACAGAAUAUCCUCAACUAAAAUAUGGUACCAAAGCCAUUUACAAGUGUCUGUGGUUGUGUUUGACUAUGAUCAGAAUUUAUGAAGAUAACAAGGGGAGUCUGGAUAAUGACGGUACUAAAUGAAACUAAGAGAUCAGAAGUAAUCCUUCAUGCUUAAAACGAUUUGAUAGAAUUGCAUUUUAAAAUGGGGUUGUUGACUUGCAAAAUCAGGUUAUCAAUCCUUACUUUUAACCAGAUUAAACCUCCGGUUUGUGUUAAAACUUUUUAGAAGGAUGGGAUGAGUUUGAUUUUAAACAUCAGCAUUAUCCAGAUCUCAGCAGAGAGCUGUUUUCAAUUUUAUCACAGGGACGGUGUGUGAGAGAACAUUGACAUUGAUCAAGCAGUUUAAUAUUCUAGAAGGAAGUGAACAUCAAAGACAUUUUAAAAAUGCAUUUUGCACUGGAAUGCUGUUAGCAGCCCCUAACAUCCCCAUUUUUCAUCCCCUUCUCAGGGGAUGAAAAACAGCAUUGUAGUUCUCAAUUAAUUUGAUACUGAAUGGUCAGAGUCAGUAGCUUUUUGACACUUUUUGCUUUAAAAUUUGUUAAAACCCACUGACCAAUGUAAAGGAUGACCAACAGCACUGAUCUAUGAAAAGAAAAAUCGGUUAUUAUUCUUAGAAAUUGUUUUUGGAAGUGGACAUUUUUGUCUUUAAUGUCCUUCACCUCCAAAAUUGCAGCAAUACCACAGGGUCAAUAGCUUUCUGAUUAUGUGGAUUUGGCGCCCCCUGUGGACAAGCUAUAUAGUGUGAAAUCAAGUUAUAACACUAAUAAUCUCUGUUUAGUUGUUCUCAAGUCCACUUUUUCUUCACAAAACAGGGAUAAAAGUGACCUGUUUUAUGUGAUCCUAAGUCCAGAAGAAGUGGAUAAAAAUUUCUGGGUUAUUUAUUCAAAUAAAACCUAAACGGCCAGACCCUGAGUAUUAAAGUUAACUCCCGUUUCCAUAAAUUCACAAGGUCUACUACCAGACUUUAACCAACAAUGUAAUGAACAGCAUUUAAAAUCAAGACUCACGAAUUUACAAGAAACAGUUGCUAGAAAUAAUUUUUAAGAAAAAAAUGUGCUCGUUUGUUGGAUUUUGAGAACCAUGCUUGAAAUGUGCCCUCUUCUACUUGUCAAAGCCGUAAAAUUACUUAGAAAUUGUAAUCACUAUAUUUGAAGUAGUUGUAAAUUCCUCCCAUGGUUUUCCUCAGAGUAGAAUAGUUAGGUAAUACCAGGCCCUGAUAAAAGAGGCUCUUGGUUGCAUAAUGGGAAGUGUAGUUGAUAAACGAAUGCAGCAGUGAUGUGAUUGUAAUCUUUGUUUUGGACUAAAAUGGGGCACUGUGGGAUGAAGGAAGGUGAUAAAUCAGGAUGUAACAGCUGUUUGAAGCCUUUACUACUGCAUUUUUCUGUAAGGGAUUUGACAUCAGAAAUAAUCACCAGGCGUUUUCUGUCCUUUCGUUUUUUUUGUGUUUCAGUGAGUAAAUGUUUCCAGUCAGAAUUAACUGAAAUAUGAGCUAAUUUGACUUGGCAGGUUAUAACUGGUGACAGUGGGAGAUGUACUGAAAGCAGGACCUCUUAUGUCGGCUUUUCAUUAUUUUAUUCUUUUUUUUAAUUUCAUUUGCUGUUAAUGUUUGUGUCUCCAUGUGCCAACCUAUGUAACAGCUGGGUGUAUAAAGCUAAUAAUUGUAUGCAAUGUUAUAAAUAAAUAAGGUGCAGCUGUUUAUUUUGAUUCAGUUUUUGUUUGUAUAAUAAGUUGCUGAAGGAAAGAGAUUUUUCUGCUUUCUGUUUUUUUUUUUCUUCCUUUAUGUUUUCAUUUUCCUGUUUGUGUCAACAUGUAUGCAAAGACAGUAAAAAUACAUGACU